AUGAUGAUGAUGCCUGCUAUCUCCUUCGUCUUCGUCUCUACCUUCCUGUGCUUCCUUUCUACAACUCAUGCUUAUCCUAUGAGAUUAAAUGUCAGACAAGCCCUUCCAAACACCCCCGCGCCACCCGCUUGUGUGGUUGCAUGCGCCCAAAGUAUUGUACCCACCGUCCCGUCAUGCGUUCAAGGCUUCGAACUAUGUAUUGCGAAACAAUGCACGAGCUCUGAGCUCAAUGCCGGUAAUAAUUUUGUUGGGCCUUACUGCGCCGGCAAUGGUAUAAUACACGCUGAGAACGGAGUCUUGGUUACUGAUUUACCACCAGUACCGAAUGGUGCAGCUACAACCACUACCACCGUACCGCUCUCUGCUGGCCCAAGUACUGUUAUUGUGACUGAAUUUGUGACUCUGAGCCCUACUCCUACAACUGAAGUCGCAACCGCCACUCCUACCCCUGCUCCUGCCCCUGCUCCCACUACUUUGAAUCCUGCUCCUGUGUCCACAACUCUCAUGUCAUCCACUGAUGCUCCAACCUCGACACUCAUUUCAGCCACAGUAUCUCCUUCUGAUCCUAGUAAUCCACCGGGAUUCAUCGAAUCUAUGAGUUCUUCCACUGCCCUUCGUUCGCCUGCUGCUAUCUCGGUCUAUGUCAUUAUCUCGAUUAUUAUUAUCCUUGUUAUUCUCGUGUUCUUUCGUCGUUGGCGCCGUAACCACCACUGCGACUAUAUCAUUCCCACCCACCGCCGGACCCGGGGCAAGUCCUUCUUGAUCGACGAAUCGUCGUUUAAACGGCACAGCUUCCACAGCGCGAUCGAACUGACCAAGAAACCAUCUCCAAUCUAUACUCUGAGCCUCAAAGAGGAACAACCUCUUCCUGCGCUACCCAUCCCGACCAAGAACUCGGCUACCCCUUCCGUUGGAGUGGCGUUGUCCUAUGUCCCCCAUCUUGCCAUUGCAUAUGCGCCGCCCAGGAACUACACCGCGCUACCGGGACGUUCGCCUAGCCCCGGACUCUCUCCAGAAUCUGAAAAGUCCUUUGUCGGCCAGACAUUUGCUGCCGGGCGCGAACGUGCGAUUACGAAUAUCAGGCACAGCCGUGAAGGUUCUCGAAGCCCCACUUCCCCUGUAUCCCCUGCCUCGAGCACUUCCUCGAUUAACGUGGACAUGUACGGUGCCGCGACACGAGCUCCACUCCCUGCGCACGCAUACAUGGUGCCUUACCAGCCUACUGCGCCGUCCCCACUCAGAGCUCAGCUGCCAUCGAAGCCAAAACCGACUCGGGUUUCGACGAUCGCAGAAGAACCCAGAACACCCCACGGUGCACAAAGCGUAUUCAGCAUGGAGACUACGAUAUCUCAGCCCUUUUCCAUCUUGAGUUCCAAGAUUGAAACAGCGCAACGAGUCAAACCGACCUUGGCGUCCCAUGUCCGGGGUCCCCAUAGCUCUGAAAGGAUACGUCAGUUUACGUUCCCGGCAGCCAAUCCCAGGCAGAGCCUCAACGAGACCGAGCUCCAGAUUACGAUUUCUGAUGCCCUGAUGGACGACGCCCCUGUGACUCGCAGCCAGACUCCCAAUGGCUCGAUGCAUAGGGGUGCCGGUGGCUCGGUGUCGAGCAUCUCCAAAGUACAGGGGAAGCUUCAGGCCCUUGUUGGAGGAAUGCGGCGUGAUCGAGAUUAG